CGUUAGAACUAAGUAGUCGUGAAAAUCACAAAGCGAGAGGAAGAAUGAGAGAAGUGAUAAACUACCAGUGGGAGUAUUCUUCUUACCUUAUAUCAAUAACUGACCAACAUGAAGUUCUUUUGUCCUGGAGACUUUAAUGGCACAGUGUUGAAGGGGCUGAACCAACUCAGAAAGGAGGAAGUCCUUUGUGAUGUUACCCUGAACAUAGGUAGGCGCAAGGUUUAUGCACAUCGGUGUGUUUUAGCAGUCAGUAGUGCCUACUUUAAGUCAAUGUUUGCUGGAUGUUUCGUUGAAAGUUCAAUGCAAGAGAUUGAUCUUACAGAAGUCACAGAUGAUGUUGCAACAUUAGAAACUAUCUUAGAAUAUAUGUAUACAGGAGAGAUUGAAAUAAAUAACAGAAAUGUUGGAAUCUUGGUGAAGUUGUCUUUCUUCUUUUUGUUGCAAGAGGUUCAACAGCUAUGCGUUGAUUAUAUGGAAAGUACAAUAUGCCUCCAAUUUAGCUUGAAAUACUACCUAGAUGCUGUUGCGUAUAAUUUAUCAGGUAUAGAGAAAAAGACCGCACCAUUCUUGAGACGGAGGUUUCAUGAUUUCAUGAUAACGGAUUGUGAAACGUUUCAGUUAUCGCCAGAGGAAGUACUGCAUUUGCUUAAGAAAGGUUAUCUAAAGCAUUGUUCAACCUUUCAUAUUCUCCAGUUUGCAUUGAAAUGGGUUGGAAAAGGUCAAACACAAGAACAUGUUGAUGUUGCCUUGUACAUGGUUGAUUUAUGUGUGGAUCUUGUCAACAUUGACAGCAAAAUUGAAUUCGAUUUACUUCAGAAGGAGUGUGAAAAUUUGGUACAUCUGAAAACUUGUGACAAGAUACGUAAGAAAGUAGGCACCUUUCUUAAAAAGGCAAAAGGUACAAAAACUAAGGACAAAUCACAUGAACUAUUGGAUAAAGACAUAGGUGAGUUGGAGAGAGUUUUGAUAACUCUGUCACCAGCAUCAUGUAUCUUGAAGAACUAUUUAGAAAAUGAAAUAAAUGGAAACCUUGGAUCACCUUUUGCUACUGAAAAUAAAGCUUUACUAGACAUUUGUUCUUAUGUUCCUGAAACUAAAAGUUGGUAUCAUCUUGCUCGGCUGUUUGAAGGUGAACAUUUACCUAAGUUUCUUACAGAUUUCACUGCUGAAGUUCCCUAUGAAAUGAUCAUUUUCAGGGAAAACAUUGGAUUUCUGAAGCCAUAUGAGAAAAAGCUCUAUUUGUUUAACUAUCGGGAAAAUGUUUGGAAAAGAAUUGAUGCAGCAGACGUUGAUGUAGCAGAUGCUGAUGUAGGUUUAUAUAAUUCAGCAUCAUUGAAACAUUACAGAACCUUUGUUUUAGGUGGAAGUAAUAAAAUAUAUUUGUUAGUAGGAAAGAGAAUACCUUUACACGAUGAUUAUCUGUCAAUAAACUUCACAGAAGUAGUCUUUUGUUGUUAUGUACUACAAGACGAUGGAGAGACGUGGGAAUUUCUGUUUGAAACACCAGCUGCGUCACGAUUACGAUAUAGUGCUAUUAAUACAGACGAGGUUGUGAAGAUGAAUGUGGCUGUUAGUCAGACAACCAAUGAAAUGCUUGUUGUGCAUUAUUCGGGAUGUUGGGAAAGUGUAUUUGUUGUUGACCUUGAUUCCGAUUCUCCGCAGCCAGUUACGUUACUUGCCGAGUAUAAAAGUCACUACAAUUUUGAUAAGUACCUGCUGAUAGAGAGUAAGGAUAGCUUUGUCUUGUGUUCAGUUAAGACUCUCCAAACAGGUGGCGAUGAUUGUAUUGAAAUCUUGUACGAGUACAAAUUCAAGUCUAGUAUUUUAAGGAAAGUUAACGAGGAUUCAGUUAUUAUUUCAAGUACUGAGAAUAAACUUCCUGGAAGUUUGAACAUGGAUUUAAGCAAGUACCCAUGUGGUAUCAAACAGCAGGCUGGUGGUGGAGGAUCUCUAUGGAUUCUUGAAGGUGAUCUUGGUGAACUUAGUUCUCUCACUGAAGUGUCUUUUCAAACAGAUUUAGAGCCAGUGAUAAAGGAACAUCCUCCUCCGCCAUUUCCAGCGGUCACCAGACUAUAUGCAGGUUGUGUUAGUAAGAGAUUAAUGUCCUCAUGCGGCAAAAGAAUUGGACAUUUCGUUAUCAAAAAUAAAAAGAUCACUUUAUAUGUAAAUGAUUCAGACAAAUAUAUUUGAAAAAAAAGAUACAGAAAGACAGUAGCAACUUUAAAGAUAGUCAGUUGCGUUUUAGUAACAUUUUGCAAAAUCUUUCAGCUUUAGUAUGUUCAGCUACAGAAUAAUUACUGAAUAAGAAAAGCCUGUUUAAUAGAGCCAGGUUCUUGUUAGUAAUUCAUGUUUCAUUGGCUUAUAUUAUAAGAUUUUGUACUUAUUUUUAUACUGAAGUAAUAUUAUAAAAAAGUAAAACUAUUAAUGAG